UGCUGGUUGGGUUUGUGCUGUGCAGGGAGCUGGGAUGGGAUUUGUGGCUCUGCUUCGUAGUUCCCACUGCCCCUCACAGAGUGCCUAGUGCCUGAGAUGAGGCGGGGGCUUCAGCAGCAGCACUGGCAUUUGAGGAGGUACUAAAUGUGACCCUGUUCCUGGAGGUAAAAGGUUUUUCCACUCUGCUUUCUGAGGAAAAUGCAGGUAGGAGAGUGAAUGCUGAGGAGGCAGCUGUAAAGGAUGAGCAGGAGAAUCUGGUGGCAGAAGAAAAUCUAAAGCACCACCUCCUCCACCUGAAACAAAAUCUAUUGCUGUUUCUCCGUUUGAUAACACAGAGCCAACCAACCUCAUCAUGGAACAGAAAGAGAAUGUAAUCGAUAAAGAUAUUGAGUUAUCAGUGGUCCUGCCAGGAGAUGUGAUCAAGUACACUACAGUUAACGGGAGGAAGCCCAUGAUGGACUUGCUGAUCUUUCUCUGUGCACAGUAUCAUUUAAAUCCAUCAAGUUAUACCAUAGAGUUGGUAUCAGCAGAAAAUAGCCAGAUUAAAUUCAAACCCAACACACCAGUGGGAAUGCUUGAAGUAGAAAAGGUGAUUGUAAAGGCGAAACAAAUGGAUAAGAAGAAACCUGCUCCAGUUAUACCAGAGCAAACAGUAAGGGUAGUGAUAAACUACAAGAAGACACAGAAAACAGUAGUAAGAGUUAGUCCACAUUCACCCCUUCAAGAACUCGUACCAAUUAUCUGUAGCAAAUGUGAGUUUGAUCCUUCACAAACACUGCUACUGAAGAGUUACCAGUCGCAAGAACCCCUUGAUAUGACAAAAUCUCUUAAUGAGCUCGGACUACGAGAACUAUAUGCCAUGGACAUCAGUCAAGCUGCAUCACCAGUUGAUUUAAAUUUACCAUCUUUUCAAGGCUCCUACCAAUCUGAAAACAUAGAUGUUCUGAAGGAGAAAGAAAACAAAGGAUUUUUCAGCUUUUUUCAACGGAACAAGAAGAAAAGAGAACAAGCUGCCAGUGCCCCAGCAACUCCAUUGAUGAGCAAGCCAAGGCCAACAUUUAUCACGAGAUCUAACACUGUCAGCAAGCAGUAUGACUCAAACACUCUGCCAGCUGAGAUGCCAAAGAAACGGAGAGCUCCUUUGCCACCCAUGCCGAACUCUCAGAGUGCUCCCCAGGAACUCGCACGAGCCCAAGCCAGACCUACAUCUGAUAUUGUGAAAUCCAACAGCUUUGAUAGGAAUGAACAGGCCCCUCUGGGAUUAGUGCGGAAAGGCUCCCUGCCGCUCAGUGACACUGCUUCCGUGAACUCCUCUCUGCGCAGGAUGAAGCGCAAGGCGCCCUCACCACCCUCUAGAGCACCAGAAGAUCAAAGUGAAAGCAGUAAUGAGCCUGUAACAGAGUCAACAGAAUCAGCCUCCAGUAAAGCGGAAGGAAGAGCCACUGAAAUGCAGCCUGAAACAGAUGUGUACAACCUGGAAGAAAUUGAUGAAAGGGAAGAGAUAGGUGUGCAACAAGGAGAGGACAGUGGAAGUACCAAUACCUCUCCUAGGAUAGGAGAGGUUACUGCAGCCUUCAGCUCUGCUGAGGUACCACUGGAAAAUGACAAAAAUGAUCCUGCUUCAUCAGCUCCUGUUCCUGGCAGUGUUCCCACAGACAACUUGCAAAGCUUCAAGGAAGAAAAACAAGAAAAUAUGAGCACAGAUGGCAAAGGACUACAGACUAAAAUAAGCAGUGAGGAUGAUGGAUUUCAAACAGACAGGAAGCUUAAAAUUUUAGAUGAAAAUAAAACUGAUGAUCACAGUGAUACAAAACUCCUUCCAGCAACAGAAGAAGGGAAAGAACUCGAGACAGCUGAAAUUAAAACAGUAGAUUUUAGAGAAAAUAACAAGCUUGAAGUUGACAGACUAUCAAACUGCCAGGCAUGUAAAAAUGACAUCUCUGUAAGUCAUAGGAAUUAUCCUCAACUGAUUUCAGAAAAGCAAGAUGACAAAACAAAUCAAACUGGCUUGGACACAGUAAAAACUCAGGAUGUUGGAAUCCAGACUUUGGAUAGCAAUUUGGGAAGGACUGCGCAGAAGGAAAUGAUUGUUCCUCAGGGUGUUGAAUCAUCCACAUUUAGAGAGCUGGUCCCUCAACAUAACAGAGAGAAGAACAACUCCCUUGUUCAAGUGAUGCAUCAAGAGAGUGAAGAUACUUCAGUAGAACAAAGUCUUGAGACACAAGAAGUUACUCAUAAAAAAGUAAUUCCAAUAAAAGACCAGAGUCACAUCUGUAUAAAUGGUAGUGAUUUUGCUUCACGAGAAACAACUGCUGAAACUCCAGAUGACUCUUCUGUGAAAGGUCACCCUUUUUAUAGACAGGACACCAAACCUAAACCCAAACCUGCUAAUGAAAUUACAAGGGAUUACAUACCAAAAAUUGGGAUGACUACUUAUAAGAUAGUGCCUCCAAAAUUCUUAGAAAUGAUGAAGAGCUGGGAAUCAGAAGUUCUAUCAGAUCACAAGGAUCAAGAGGUGUCUACUUUGGAAGACCCCAGAGAAUUAAUAGUGCAAAGGGAAAUUCUUCAUCUGUCAAAAAGUGUGGGUCCUUUACAGGUUGGUUCACAAAAUGAAGCUGCAGCGGCAAAUGGUCCACUGCAGAGAGUGAACAACGUUUCUGAACAUACUGUGACCUCUGGAGCUGACAUUACUACCGAGAACAACCAGAUGGAAAGAGAGUCUUUCAAGCAGCGUGUCCCACUGAUGCUAAACUUGGAUAAUACAAAUGCUUCUUCUGAGACUCAGGACAAGUCAAAUGCAUUAAGUCCAUUAAGUCCUACAAUGAAGCCUAGUUCUUUUUAUCUGCAGAUGCAACGAAGAGCUUCAGGUCACUAUGUGACAUCUGCAGUUGCCAGAAGCACAGUUUGUGCUCCUAAUUCAAUUCAAAGUGAAGUUAAGAAUACAGAGAUGGGUAAAAAAAUCUCAUCGCCUGAUUUGACUUCUUUGGCUUUACAAAAAACGAGUGUUCCCUCUCCUCCUGCCGAUCGAGAAAAUGCUGAUGAUGGAAAAAACACUGAAUCUUCCACUUCUCCUGUUAAAAGCAGUAAGCCUUUAAGUUUUCCCUCCUGUCCUCCAGCACCAUUGAAUCUAAAAACUCUUAGAACUUUUGCAGUUCCAAAGCCGUACUCAAGUUCAAGACCAUCCCCUUUUGCUCUAGCUGUCUCAUCUGCAGUCAAAAGGUCACAAUCAUUCAAUAAGACACGUACAAUCACUAGCCAGGCACCAAGAGAGGAAUUUCCAGUGGAACACUCCCCUGUCCCUUUGGCAGCUGGAUUCUCCUCAGCUACCUCCGUGCCUGAAGUGAAAAGUCCUUCCUUACAGACCAUAACAGCGGGGUCACAAAAUAGUCAAAUGGAUAAGAAAGGCAGCCAUGUGCACAGUGAGCAGAAGAGUCAGGCGCAGUCAGGUGCUUCCCCUGACCACCCACACCCUGUCACUAAGAGACAAACCGCGAUGACGCUCCCGCGCGCUGACCCCGAACAGAUCCACCAGAGCUUGCUGGCUGCAAUCCGCUCUGGAGAAGCUGCUGCCAAAUUGAAAAGGGUUGGUCCUCCAUCAAACACCAUAGCUGUCAAUGGAAGAGCCAGGCUUAAUCCUUUGUAUUCUACAGAAGCUAAGGCUAAUCCCUAGAUAUUAUACCAAAUAUUUUGCACUUUACUACUGCUUCAUAGGCCAACUUAAUACUAACUACAAAUUUUUGGAAGUGUAAAUGCAAGUAUAUGUUAAUAUAUUUUUGUCAAUGUUUAUAACAAUGUCAGGCUGGGUCUUUUGAUGCCUUGAAAAGAUUAUUAGAAUAUGUAAAUUAUAGUAAUAUUUUGCCUUUUUCUCUUUAUAAAGCUGACUAUGCUGCUAAGAAGUUUUAAGACGAGGUGUAGGUGAACUUUGCUUAUGAUAGAAUCAGAAUUGAAGAUUCUUGAUUUUAGCUUUCAAGACUGAACAAUAUGUAGCACUAUGCUGAAAUUACAGAUUGGAAGCAAGCUAAAAGUUUUAAAUCAAAUAACUAAUUUUUGAUUGUGUAUUACUUUAACAGAUUGUAUGAACUUAAAUCUACCACAUGCUGCCUCCAUAUUACUUCAGUAAAUUAAAAUUGUAAUUAGUAGAAAUCUUAAUUCAAUGCAAUACUUUGUUUCUGUAUUAAAAAAUAGAUGUUUUUGUUCCUGUAGCAGAGAGUAAUUGGGAUAUGUAUUUUCAUUUUUUUUUUCUUUUUACUCUCCUGUAAUUUUUUUUUCCUGGUAGCACGCACACACAAAAAAUCGGGACAUAAAUUAUUGGAAACUUUUGUACUAUUCAAAACCUUUUCUUAACAGUAGCACUACAUGAUGUUUCUUAACUGCUCUUUAAAUAUCUGUAUAUAGUAUUUACCUAGCAUCAGAUAAGCAAUACUUUUUGUGAACUAAUUAUAUCUUUAGUAGUCAUCAGCAUAUAGUCACUAAUGCAAAACAAAUUCCAGUUUUGAUACUUUAUGAAAUAGAAUAUUUUUUUCACUACAAGUGUGACUAAAAAAUGAACUGCUUUGGACUUAUUCCUACAAAAUAUUUUAAUCUUAAAACAGCACAAAAACACAUAAAUCAUGCUUGUAUCAGAGAACAUCUAUUUAUAGAUUAAGCAUUAAAUAUCAAAAUGGGAAUAUAUAUUAAAAGAAAAUGUUUCAUGUUAUAUUUUAUCUAUUUUGAGUUUCUUGUAAAGAUUAUACAUUUUUGGGGAGGGGGUGGAAAUAUGAUCGCAUUCAUGAUGAAAUAGCUACAUUAGGGAUGCAUGCAGCAAUUAUUGCCAUAUUAAAAUAUUUUUUUGCUGGACUUGAUUUAAAAUUAAGCAAUUGUAUUUAGUUUCUAUUCUUUAACAAUAUAUAUUUUGUACUUUAGAAACAUUAUGUAACUCAGUUGCAGAAACUGAUCUAUAUGUGCAUUUUCAAAUUGUUUGCUGCCAGGUUUUUGUGCAAUAAUCUCAAAGAGGUCUAAUUACUUUCCUAGUACAGAGUCAAUUACCAGUUUCAAGUUAUGGUGUUAACUUAAUGCUGAAACCCUUUAAUGAAUGUUUUAGUAAAUAAAAAUUCAUAAAGAGA